AUGAGGCUAGCAGCGACUCUACGAGUGUAUUACGGGAUUUCACACAACAGCUUAUGGCAGGGGUGGUGUGAAAUGAAUAGGGGGCAGGACCGUUCCACAACUGAGAUGGGAUGCUCCAUUGAUCAAUUCACUAGACUGAAGCCUUUAGUUUUCAUAGGAAGUGCAGAUCCAAUUCGAGUUGAGAAUUUGAUCCAAAAGAUCGAGAAGAACCUAGAUGUUCUGAACUGCACAGAAAAGCAGAAGGUAACCUUUGCCACGUUUAAGUUGUCAAGGGAGGUAGAAAGAUGGUGGGUGUCAGUAAAGAAGAUGGAAGAGCACCAACCGAUACCAGUAGCGAUGAUGUGGGCCCGUUUUAGAAAAUUAUUCUUUGAACUGUACUUUCUUGCCACGGUCAGAAACGCGAAGAUGGAGGAAUUCAUGAGCCUGAAGCAGGAGUUGUUGAUAGUGCAGCAGUACAUUGCUAGAUUCCAGGAGCUAUCCCGAUUUACUCCAUUCAUGAUAUCGGAUAAGGCGAUGAAGGCCUCGAAGUUUUGGAGGGGUCUGAGGAAGGAGAUAUGGAUACAGACAGCGAUCUUGCAGUUAUGGGACUUUGCUACACUGGUAGAUAAAACACUAUAG